CUCAAGACUCUUUUUUUUGCUUCUUGUCAACGUUUGGUUCUAGAAUUGAUACUUUGUUCAAUUACAUUUCAUAUACACGGCAACCUUUUUGGAUAUAUCAAUCUACUCAAGCAACAACCUACAAAAUGAGACCCGAUCUCGCAGUCGUGUUAUUCACCCUCUUCUCCUCGGCGGUCGCAUCGGCCAUCGACGGUCCCCUUCACAUCAAGCGCGUCGAUUCCGCACCCAGCGCCGACGAGCACGACCUGUAUAAGCGUCGUGGCGGCGGUGGAGGAGGUGGACGCGGAGGCAGUAGCGGUGGCAGCCGAGGCGGAAGCAGUGGAAGCAGAGGUGGGAGCUCCAGCAGCGGUAGCCGUGGCGGUUCAAGCGGCGGCUCCAGCGGCGGUUCCAGCCGUGGAAGUUCAUCAGGCUCAUCUCGUCCAGGUUCAGGUUCAGGUUCAAGCAGUGGACGCACACCCGCUCGCGGUCCCCAGCCCAGCUACGCCGGCGGCCGAUAUGCAGGCGGCGCAUCAAGACCCUACUCGUCCGGUAGCAACAGUCCCAGUGGUAUCAAGCCCGCCCUUAUAGGUGCUGGUGUCGGUGGUGCUGCCGCCCUUGCCUUCUGGCCUGGUUUGUGGCUGGGCGGCGCAUACUUGUACCACUACCCCAAUUCGUACCGGUACUACAACGAGUCAAGUGAGGAGGAUGAGGAUCGCCCUAUUCUUUGCGCGUGCUCAAGGGAGGCUUCGUGUGGAUGCGAUCAGGACGACAACGUCAACAACACUGCGCUCUACGAUGAACUCAUCGGAAACGGUAGCUACGAGCACCUCAACAAGUCGAUUGUCGAUGUCGCCGAGGUCAACGGCACUACAACCAUCCUCAUCAACGGAACUCUUCCCAAAGACACUGCCCUUCCCUCAGAAGGCAGUUCCUCAGGAGACAGUGAUAGUGCUGCUGCCCGAGCUAUGAUCGAAGCAAUGGGCUACUGGCCCGCAGCAGCAGCCGUCCUAGCCGCCGUUCUCGUCGCCUAAGCAGACGGCAAUUAUGUGUGUAUAUUCUUCUUGUAUGCUUACGACUUUACAUGUUUACGACUCCUUUGGUGGAGGAUAAUGAGUUAAAAUUGGUAUCUACGGCGUUUCUUCUCAUGGCAGCUCGAUACCCUUUGGAAAUUGGGUGGACUUUUUGUGUAAUUUUUCAGUUUUUCACUAGAGAGCGAUUCAU